AUGUCGUUUAUUUAUAGGAAAGCUGCACAAAUGUUGAUGCAAUGCUCAAAAGGAGAUGGAAUAAAGGAUGUUCUGUUUAAGAAAGAAGAUAAAUCCAUAAAAAAAAUAUAUUUUAUUGUGCAUAAAUCGCUAGAAGAUUUGGAUAUAUUUAACAAAAUUUACAAUACUCAUUUGUCAAAAAUCUGCAAAAACAAAUAUCUUGGAAUUAUUCUAUUAUGUGUGUUAAUACAAAGAAAAAAAAUCGACGGAGGAGGGGAAUUAAAAAGAGAGAUUUUAAAAAAAGAAAAAGAUAUAUUCCAACUUUAUAAUAACUUAAAAAAUAAUGAUAAUAAUGUUAAAAUAAAUAUAUUGACAAAAUAUUUUAUAAUAUACUUGAAUGAUAAUCCAAAUAUAGUAAAUGAAAUAAAAACAUUGCUACCUAUAGAAAAUGAUGAGGAUAUUGAAAAUUUGUAUAAAAUAUGUACAAGCAAGGUAAAAAAAUUAAUAGAUAGUACAUAUUAUAAAAAUAAUAAAAUAAGAAUAUUAGAUAAAUCAUCAGGUUUAGUUGUUAAAUCGGGGAAUAUAAAAAAGGGAAUGACAGUUGUUGAUAUAUGUUCAUCUCCUGGAAGUAAAGCAAUUCUUAGUUUAUUCAAUUUAAAAAAAAAAGGAUAUUUAAUAUGUAUAGAAAAAAGUAAAACACGAUGUUAUACAUUAAUUAAAGAAAUCCUAAAAAAUAAUGAAUAUACUGGUUACUAUACUAAUGAAAAUAUGAACGAGACAGAUAAAAUAAAUAUCGAUAAAAAGGAUUUAUUUAUAAAUAGUGAAUAUAAUAUAUAUUAUAUUAAACAUAAAAACAAUGAAUUAAUUAUAAAAAUAUAUAAUUGUGAUUUUUUAAAAUUAACUUAUAAAAAUUUUCAAGAAAUUGGCAUUGUAGAUGUUGUGUUCAUAGAUCCUUCAUGUUCAUCGAGUGGAAUGCCCGAUUUUGUUCACAAGGAAAAUAUGCGCAAUGUAUUUUUGCAAACUAAAGAGAUUGAAAAUAAUAAAAAGGAGACAAGUAUAGAUGAUAAAAAUAAAAAAAAUGGAGAUGAUGAAACAUAUAGUAAUUAUGAUAUCUAUUCUGAUAUAUCAGAGGAAAGAAUUCCAAAAGUUCCAAACACACUUAUAGAUAAAAUAAAUAAUUUAUCAAACUUUCAAAAAGAUAUAUUAAAUCAUGCAUUGAUAACUAUAAAGACAGCUAAAACAUUUGUUUAUUCUACUUGCUCUUUUUUUGAAGAAGAAAAUGAACAAGUCAUAAAAAGUGUGCUCGAAAAAAAUAUGGGGUUUUAUGUAGAAAAUGCUGGAAUAGAUAAAUUUCUUUUUAAAAACGGUAAAUAUGAAUUUUCUGAUAAAUGUGUCAGAACAUUCCCUAAUCGAGAUAAAUGUCGUGGCAUAUUCAUAUGUAAAUUAUGUAGAAAAGAGGAAUAA